UAGCAAAAAAAGACGAGACAUCAAGAAGUGCUAGGUUUUGUGUGUGGUUCUGUAGACCAGAUCGUCGUUAAUCUGAAUUUUUUUCUCUUCCGGAGACGAAAAACCUGGUUGGUUCAAUUUUGAGUUUGGUGUGCGCGUACACGAGUCUUUGGGCAUUGCAAGUAGAGUGAAAAUUACACCGAAAAGAUGCCUUCCAGCGAUCCGUUGCCACCGAAAGAGAGUGCUCUGUUCCGUAAGAUUUUGAAAUGUUACGAAAUGAAACAAUACAAGAAUGGUCUAAAGCUAGCAAAGCAGAUCCUGACCAAUCCGAAGUUCACCGAGCAUGGCGAGACGCUCGCAAUGAAGGGCCUGACGCUGAACUGCCUGGGCCGGAAAGAGGAAGCAUAUGACUACGUUCGUCGUGGUCUACGCAACGAUCUCAAAUCGCAUGUCUGCUGGCACGUGUUCGGGUUGCUGCAGCGUUCGGAUAAAAAGUACGAGGAGGCCAUCAAAUGCUACCGGAAUGCGCUUAAAUGGGAGAAGGACAACAUCCAAAUCUUGCGCGAUCUGUCUCUGCUACAGAUUCAAAUGCGCGAUUUGGAAGGAUACCGAGAAACUCGUCAUCAGCUGUUCAAGCUGCGACCGUCGCAGCAUGCCUCGUGGAUCGGAUUUGCGAUGAGCUACCAUUUACUUGGGGACUACGAUACGGCUAACAAUAUUCUGGAAACGUUCCGAGCAUCGCAAUCGGUGGAAACGUACGAUUACAAGCACAGCGAGUUCCUCCUUUACCAGAACCAGGUUAUUCGGGAAUCCGGAAACUACGAAAGGGCCUUGCAACAUCUGAAAAAGUAUCAAAAUCAAAUCCUUGACACGCUUGCCGUAAAAGAAGCAGUAGGUGAAUUGUGCCUUAAGCUCGACCGUUACGAGGAAGCGGCCUCGACCUAUCACGAUCUGAUAAAACGGAACCCGGAAAACAUUGCGUACUAUCAGCAGUAUUUGAAAGCACUGCAGGUGAGCAAACAGGCAGAUAUUAUUGAGGCCUAUCAGCACAUUCAGAAGGAACAUCCACAAUCAUUUUGCGCCAAACGAUUACCACUGGAUGUGGCUCAGGGGGAUACGUUCCGCACGCUGGUAGAUGAGCACCUUCGCCGUAACCUUCGGAAAGGUGUUCCGCCUCUGUUCGUAAAUCUUAGUUCACUUUAUCGGGAUGAGAAUAAGAUACGUGUCAUAACCGAACUCGUCGAAGAUUACCAUCAAAAUCUGACGAGUAGUGGCUAUUUCUCAGCCGCGGAUAAAGAACAGAAUCUUCCGAAAGAACCAGCUUCGGCACUGCUUUGGACUCUCUACUAUUUAGCGCAGCACUAUGACCAUUUACGGGAAUCGGAAAAGGCGCUCGAUUUCAUCAAUGCAGCAAUCGAACACACACCGACCCUGAUCGAGCUGUUCGUUACCAAGGCUCGCAUUUACAAACACGCUGGCGAUGUGCUGGAAGCGGUCAAGUGGAUGGACGAAGCGCAAAGUUUGGACACGGCCGACCGUUACAUCAAUUCGAAAUGUGCUAAGUAUAUGUUACGUGCCAAUCAGAUCAAGGAAGCGGAGGAUAUCUGCGCCAAGUUCACGCGGGAGGGUGUUUCGGCGACGGAAAACCUCAACGAAAUGCAGUGCAUGUGGUUCCAGACCGAGUGUGCGCUUUCGUACCAGCGUCUGGAGAAAUGGGGCGAAGCACUGAAAAAGUGCCAUGAAGUGGAUCGUCAUUUUUCCGAGAUUAUCGAAGAUCAGUUCGAUUUCCAUACGUACUGCAUGCGGAAAAUGACGCUACGUUCGUAUGUUGGACUGCUCCGGUUAGAGGACGUACUGCGAAGACAUCCAUUUUACUUCAAAGCCGCUAAAUGUGCUAUAGAGGUUUACGUUCGUCUUUCCGAUAAACCAUUACCGGCCGAGUCUGCUGAGGAGGAGCUGGAUACUGAGAAUCUCCCACCCGCGGAACUGAAGAAACUACGUAACAAACAACGGAAGGCUGCCAAAAAGAAGGCAGAGCAGGAAAAUGCUGCGGCUGCCCAGGCGAACCAGAAAAAGGAACAACACAACAAGCAACGUAACGCCAAUCAGGAUGGUGACCCAGAAGCACCGCAGCUGGAUGAGUUGAUACCGGACAAAUUGGCACGCCCGGACGACCCCCUCGAGAAGGCAAUCGAAUUUCUGCGGCCAUUGCAAAUGCUUGCCAAAGAAAACAUCGAAACACAUCUGAUGGCGUUCGAAAUUUACUCGCGCCGGGGCAAGCUACUGCUGAUGUUACAGUCACUGAAGCGUGCCCGUGCCAUCGAUGCCACCAAUUCGACGCUGCAUAAUUGUACUAUAAGGUUUUUCAAGAUUCUCGAAAAACGAAUCGCCACCGGCGAAAUCGACGAAAGUGUGAAGCUAGUGAUCGAACGGGAACGUGCGCAACUGUUCCGAGGAACGAAGACGGCUGCCGAACUGAACGACAACUACCUGACGAUGACACGGUGCAACGCGGAUGCCCUGUACGAAGGAGCCAAAAUCAUGUACCAACUGGAUGUGAAGAGACGGGACGAAGCCGUCAGCUUGCUCACCUCGGUGAAUUUGAAAUCGAUUUCGUUAGAGAAUGCGACCAAACUGUUCCUGUUGUUGAAGUCCGGCUUCUUCAGCGGUGCUCCCGAAGAGCAGCUGGAAGCAUUCAAGAAGAGCUGCCAGAAGCGGUUCCCGUUGGCCAUCGUGUUUGCGGAUGUGGCAGCGACCGUUACCACCCUCACCACAACCCAGUCCUCAUUGGCUGAAGCCUCGGUCACGAUCACCACCACGGCCACCGGCAUAACGAUGUGCACCAUGGAGCAGAAGAACAACGGUAGCGAAAUCAAAGCAAAUUAACUGAACCAACUGCAAAGCGGCACCUUCCCGCAACAACCAGCAGUAGUCGUCGCAGUCGAGUUCAUCUUGUUUCUUAUUUUAGUUGAAAUGGCAUCGGAACAAAUGUAAAAUGCAAUUUUUAACACUUACUUGAAUGCUAUUUUAGUCCCACUCACUUGUAGAGUUUGGGAACGAUCACACAAGUCAAAAUGAAGCGAAUCCAAAAAUAAAUUGUACCAUAGACAGACACCGACAUCAACGAGGUCGCUUCGGUAUGCCCACGAAAACCAUGGUUCACAAGUAUAGAAUGUUGGAAAGUCAUAACAGAUAUUGUAAUAUAUGGGAAACCCAAGGCAAAUCAUGCUUUAAACCUUCUUAGACUAUUGUCCCAUCCGUACAUACUCACUACAACUUAGUGCCGCUAUGUAAGAUAGGAUAGGUAAACUUUUCCUUGUGAAUCAAUCGUUUGUACUCACGCGGCGUCGGGUACACACAUUGAUUGCGUAAAUUUAGAUCAUGCACCAAUCAAGCUUGUCACUUUUAACGAAACUGGGUUCAUAGCUAAAUAUAAUCUGGCUAUCAUGAAGUGACUGUGGGUGGUAAAAGAAAAAAAAAUUAUAAUCGUUAUGGUGAAACAACAAACAUUAGCCGAUAUCUUUAGAAAUGCAUCAGUUUUGCAUUCAACUGGCUUUACUAUUAAAUUGGACAGAUUUUGCAAAGAAUAAAAAAUGUCGAAUUUCUUAAAAUAAAAUCAGGCGUGUGUGAGAAAGAAGUUAAAUAUAGAGAGGAGCUUGAAGAAAAGAAA